ACUCUCUCACUCGCCGGCCAGCUGAGCAGGAGAGAUGGAGGGAGUCAGAUAAGUGUCCUGUAAUCUGCUAUUUCUGAAAAAAAAAAAUUUGUGCUGCUCCAGACAACACACAUAUGCACACACUCACACAGCCACCCAGGAACUGUCCAAGAGCCAUGUCUGCAGCUGAUCUCUACACCAAGCUGACUAGGGUGUGGGUCCCGGAUCCCGAGCAGGUCUGGGUGCCUGCUCAGUUGAGCCAUGAUUACCGAGACGGAGAUGACUGCCUCCACCUUCAGCUCUCAGACGGAACAGAGGUGCAGUACGUUGUGGCCCCCGGGCCCCCCCCUGGCCUGCCCCCCCUUCGGAACCCUGAUAUUCUGGAGGGGGAGAAUGACCUCACUGCCCUGAGCUACCUGCACGAGCCGGCCGUGCUGCACAACCUGCGAGUGCGCUUCCUGGACUACAGCAGCAUCUACACCUACUGCGGCAUCAUUCUGGUGGCCAUCAACCCCUACGAGCAGCUGCCGAUCUACGGGGAGGACGUGAUUGAUGCCUACAGCGGGCAGAACAUGGCAGACAUGGACCCACACAUCUUCUCUGUGGCAGAGGAGGCAUAUCGCCAGAUGGCACGGGAGGAGAAGAACCAGUCCAUCAUUAUCAGCGGAGAGUCCGGGGCGGGGAAAACCGUCUCAGCCAAAUUCACCAUGAGGUACUUCGCUGCUGUAGGGGGGUCAGUACGGGAGACAAGCGUGGAGGAGAGGGUGCUGGAGUCCAACCCCAUCAUGGAGGCGAUCGGGAACGCAAAGACGACGCGGAACGACAACAGCAGCCGCUUCGGAAAGUACAUCGAGAUCGGAUUCGGGCGCAAGGGUGACAUCAUCGGAGCCAACAUGAGGACCUACCUGCUGGAGAAAUCCAGGGUCAUCUUUCAGACUACAGAAGAGAGAAACUACCACAUAUUCUACCAGCUGUGUGCUUCCAGACACCUGCCUGAGCUCAGCGCGCUGGGGCUGCGUCGCGCGGAAGAGUUCCAGUACACGAGCCAGGGCGGGAAUGUUCAGAUCCCGGGGACUGAUGACGCCGCCGAUCUGGAGCGAACCAGGAAUUCCUUCAGUGUGCUGGGUGUGCGCCCCGGCCUGCAGAUGGAGCUCUUCCGGAUCCUGGCAGCGAUCCUGCACCUCGGGAACGUAAGGAUCCAGAGCAGCGGGCGAGACGGCGAGCGCUGCAGCGUCAACGCGGAGGACCGGUCCCUGCAUCUCUUCUGCCAGCUGCUGGCUGUGGAGCGCUCUCAGAUGGCUCACUGGCUGUGCCACCGACGGCUGGCGGUUGCCGGGGAGAUGCUGGUGAAGCCGAUGGGAUGGCAGCAGGCGUGCGAGGCACGGGACGCCCUCUCCAAGCACGUGUACGGGCAGCUGUUCACCUGGACAGUCGGCCGGCUCAAUGGGGCCCUGCAGGCACAGCGCAGACAGCCACACUCCUUCAUUGGGGUCCUCGACAUCUACGGGUUUGAAACGUUUGAGAAGAACAGUUUCGAGCAGUUUUGUAUAAAUUACGCCAACGAGAAGCUACAGCAGCAGUUCAAUCGGCACGUCUUCCAGCUGGAGCAAGAGGAGUACUUGAGGGAGGAGAUCCCAUGGACCCGCAUCGAGUUCAGCGACAACCAGCCGUGCAUCGAGCUGAUCGAGGGCAAACUGGGAGUACUGGACCUGCUGGACGAGGAGUGCAGGAUGCCCAGGGGGUCUGACGAGAGCUGGGCCCAGAAGCUGUACGAGCGGCACCAGAACCAGAACCCACACUUCAGCAAGCCUCGCCUCUCCAACACCGCCUUCAUCAUCCUGCACUUCGCUGACACGGUGCAGUAUGAGUGCGAUGGCUUCCUAGACAAGAACAGAGACACCGUCUUUGAGGAGCCAAUCAACAUUCUCAAAGCCAGCAAGUCGGAGCUGGUGGCAGAGCUGUUCCAAGAGUCAGGAGGGGAUGGCCCACCCCUCCCUGGAGUGACGACUGCAGUGCCCAAUGGGAGCCUGCGGUCCAGCAGGAAGGGCGGGAGCACGGCACGCAGGGAGCACAAACAAACUGUGGGCUUUCAGUUCCGGCAAUCCCUGCAGCUCCUGAUGGGAACUCUCAACUCCACAACCCCUCACUACGUGCGCUGCAUCAAACCCAACGACCUCAAGCAGCCCUUCCUAUUCGACCCGAAGCGUGCAGUCCAGCAGCUCCGGGCCUGUGGGGUUCUGGAGACCAUUCGGAUCAGCGCCGCCGGCUACCCUUCCAGGUGGACGUACCCCGAGUUCUUUAAGCGGUACCGGGUGAUGAUGCAGUGUCGUGACCCGGGUUUGGAGGACAGGCAGGCAGCGUGCCGGGCCGCCCUGGGCUCCCUAAUUCCAGACCGGGAUCAGUACCGCUUCGGGAAAACAAAGAUCUUCUUCCGGGCGGGCCAGGUGGCGCUCCUGGAGAAGCUGAGAGCCAGCCGGCUGCGUGCCGCCUGCGUGGAGGUGCAGAGGAGGGUGCGAGGCUGGCUGGAGCGCAAGCGCUACCAACACACCCGCCAGGCAGCACUGACACUGCAGAACUACACCAGGGGCUGGCUGGCACGGAGGCUGGCACACAGUCUGCGCUACACCAGGGCAGCGCUGGUUCUGCAGAAGAGCUACCGGAUGGUCCAGGUGCGGCGGCUGUACCUGCUGAUCCGCUCCGCCGCUGUCACCAUCCAGGCCUUCGCACGAGGAGCGCUUGCACGCUGCCUCUACCGGCAGCUGCGUGCGGAGAGGACGGCUGUGCUCCUGCAGGCUCGUGUGCGGGGCUGGUCUGCGCGCCGUUCUUUCCUGCGUGUUCGCGGGGCCGUGCUGUACCUGCAGUGCUGCUACCGGCGCAUGCGAGCGCGCAGAGAGCUGAAGCAGCGACGCAUGGAGGCCCGCUCUGUGGAGCACUACCGACAGCUCAACAAGGGCAUGGAGGUCAAACUGAUGCAGCUUCAACGCAGGGCAGACGAGCAGUCCCGGGAGAGCAGCCUCCUGAAGGAGCGUCUAUCCCAGGAGCGAGCGGCUCACUGCACUGAGCUGGCACGCCUGCAGGGGGAGCUCUCGAGGCUGGCAGGCAGCGUCCAGGACGAGGCUCGGAGCACAGCCCUGGCACAGGAACUGAGCGCCCUGCGAGGGGAGAGGGAGCGAGAGAGAGAGGAGCAGAGGAGUGCAGAGCAGAGGGCGGCCCAGGAGAUCACUCGGCUCACGCAGGCCGUGGAGUCUCUUCAGAGAGAGAAAGCUGCUGUGAUACAAGAGAGGGAGAAACUGAACACCUCCUUACAAGAGCACGAGAGAGCGCGUGAAGAGCGUCUCAGUCAGCAGGUGGCGCUGGUGAGCUCCGGGCUGCGUGCGGAGUUGGAGGAGGAGCGCGGCCGGUACCAGGGUCUUCUGAAAGAGUUCUCCCGUCUGGAGCAGCGAUACGAGAACCUGAAGGACGAGAUGACCUUCAGCGAGAGGUUCCUGGGUCAUAGGAGGAAUGCGUCCUCACAGAGCCUGAUUCUGGAUAUCAGCCCGCCCAUCCCAGCCGGGUCCAGUGAGAGAGAGGCCAGAACCAGCGUGACAUCCCCAGAACGGCAGCGCAGAGUUACCGUGACAUCACCAGAACUGGAGCGCAGAGUCACCAUGACAUCACCGGAACGAGUGCGCAGAGUCACUGUGACAUCACCAAGCAGCCCCAUAGCAACCUCUCCUGCGGACUCUUUAUUGAAUGCGGUCGGCUUGUUUAAAGAUGGGCGAAUGAGGGAGGAGGAUCUGAGACACGCCUACGAUGCUGUGCGCGUGGCCAACAAGUUCCUGGAGUCCCAGCUGGUGUCCCAGCGGCAGCAGUGGGACAGCGAGACGGAGGCUCUGCGGCUGCAGGUUGGAGCUCAGAAAGAGGAGAUGGACAGGCAGAGCCAGGCACUGGCACACACUCUCACACUGCCCCCCGGGACAAGCCUGCAGCUCGGGCUACAGGAACAACUCGCACACCUGGCAGCCGACAACCUGGAGCUGAUGGAGCAGGUGGAGAGUCAGGAGCAGGUCUCUCGCAGGCUCAGGAGGGAGCUGCACUCGCUGAAGCAGGCCGGCUGGGGCUCUGCAGGACCAGCUCGAGGGAUGGAGGUUCUCUCUGGAGGGAAUGCCAUGCCCGCUCCUCACAAAGAAGCCAAGCUUCAGGGCCUGCUGGAGUGCAGGAGGGAGGACGAGGCGCGGCUGAUCAAGAACCUCAUUACAGGCCUGCGCCCGGAAGUGACUCGAACCCUGACACCAGGGCUGCCAGCUCACAUCCUGUUCCUGUGCAUGAGGCAGGCGGACUGGCGAGGAGAGGAGCAGCGAGCACGCGCGCUGUGCACCGCCACCGUCACUGCCAUCAAGGGGGCGCUCAAGAAACACUCCGACGACUUUCAGUUGGCGGCUUUCUGGCUCUCCAACACUUGCCUGCUGAUGCACCUGUUGAGACAGUUCAGCCCUGGAGAGAGUUCUCAGACAGAUGAGCAGACGUUGCUGACCUUUGACCCGAGUGACCUGCGCAAAGCCCUGAGUGACCUGUCCAUCCAGACCUAUCAGCAGCUGAUCCGUAUCGCAGAGAGCAGGCUGCAGCCCAUGAUCGUGCCGGCGAUGCUGGAGAGUGAGACGAUCCCAGGGCUGUCCAGCGGAGGGAAGAGUCUGGGGUCCCACAAACGAGCGGCGAGCGGGGCUAGGGAGAAGGGGGAGGGGGUGCAGCCCCACACGAUGGACUCCCUCCUGCGAGAGCUCAGCUCCCUGCACCACACUCUGAGCCACCAGGCUCUCCACCCUGAAGUGUGCAGACAGGCCUUCCGCCAGAUCAGCCACCUGCUCACAGCCACCACCCUCAACAACCUGCUGCUCAGGAAGGACAUGUGCAGCUGGAGCAAGGGGCUGCAGAUCAGGUACAAUGUGAGUCAGCUGGAGGACUGGCUGCGCGGCCGCUCCCUGAAGCUAGGUGGCGCUGUGGAUUCCCUGGAGCCGCUGAUCCAGGCCGCCCAGCUCCUGCAGGUCAGCAAGCGCUCAGAGAGUGAUGCGCGGGCCAUCGAGGAGACCUGCACUGCCCUGUCUCCUCCGCAGAUUGUGAAGAUCCUCAGCCUGUACACACCCCUCAAUGAGUUUGAGGAGAGAGUCACUCUGAACUUCAUCCGCUCCGUGCAGGCUCUGCUGAAUGAGCGGCCCGGGGGGAAGGCUCGCCAGCUCCUGAUGGAUGUGCGCCAUGUUUUCCCGGUCACCUUCCCCCCCUCCCUCUCCCCCUCCCCCAGCCAGCAGCCAGAGCAGCUCCAGAUCCCAGACAGCCUCAACCUGGCCUUCCUGAGGCGGGUCUGAGGGGUGAGGAGUGUGCUCUCCCACUGCCUGCACUGACCCGCAGCAUGUCAGGGGUAUUCAGAGAUGUGUGCAGUAUAUUAACAUUCACAUACACUGCUGGCUCCCAAUCUCCUUGCCUCACAACUUUGUUUUGUGUGUCAGAAUGAAAGUUUACAUUUUUUUUUUGCUUUGUUUGUGUACCAACUAAUACUAAUAAAAAUAACAAAUCUCUCACUGGGACAACUGAAA